GGCCUAUGACGUCAGACGGUGCGAAGAUGUACAGUAUCUUGAAGAGAAGCCUAUUAGACAACAUAGAACAGAAGACACAUAGCCCAAUCUCACAAAACCUGGUUUAAAUUACAGGUUGGCAUAAAAUAGGCCAAAAACUGUUGGCGACAUAUUAAUCGGUGUCUUUGAAGACUUGGGAGAAGCUGAAUUGACGAAGUUCAGAGGUAAACUCUGUGACCGCAAGCAAGGAGCCAAAAGUUCACAAGAGCAUUGUUGAGAAAACGGGCCCAGUGGACUUGGUAGAUCUUCUGACCCGUACAUUCACUGAAGACGGGGCUGUGAAUGUGGAUAUAGAGGUCUUGGGUGCAAUUAACUUCCAGGGUGCAGCAGGGAACUGACGGAUUUCAAGAAAUCUCACAGAUCUUGCGUAACAUCGGGUGUUGCAAUGGCUGGUGCACCUGGUACAAAGAACAUGAUCAAAGACAAACACUUUGUGGACCAUCACCGGACGGCCCUGAUCGACAGAGUGAGCCAGGUGGAACCCCUACUGGAUAGACUCCUGGAGAGGGGAAUCAUCAUCCAAAACGCCUACAGUGAAGUGAGGGCUAACAGAACCAAUCAGAAAAAGAUGAGGGAACUUUUUGAUGGCCCUCUGAAAGCAUGUGGGCCCAAAGGCAAAGAUAUAUUCUUAGAUAUCCUGAUGGAUUUGGAGCCAUUCCUGAUCAGUGACCUGAAGGGGGAAUAAUGUGGAUAGGGACAUUUUUUUAAGGCAAGCGACAAAAAUAUGAUGAUAAUAAUGCACUCUGUUUGACAUUAUAUUCUUAAAUUGGAAAAAUGAAUUGUCUCCAACAUUUGCAAUAAAUUAAACAUUUUAUAUUGA